AUGGCUGGAGAAGCUGAUUUGAAUGUUGAUGAGAUUAUUUCUAUGCUUCUUGAGGUGCGAGGCUCUCGAGUUGGAACCACUGUUAACCUGAAGGAAGAAGAUAUCAAGGCGCUCUGCGUAAAAUCUCGGGAGAUUUUCCUUUCGCAACCUAUCCUCCUUGAAUUGGAAGCUCCUUUAAAAAUAUGCGGCGACAUUCACGGCCAGUACACUGACCUUAUGCGUCUCUUCGAGUAUGGCGGCUUUCCUCCGGAAUCAAACUAUCUCUUCCUUGGGGAUUACGUCGAUCGAGGAAAACAGAGCUUAGAGACAAUUUGUCUUCUUUUGGCCUAUAAAAUCAAGCAUCCAGAAAACUUCUUCCUGUUACGUGGCAAUCACGAAUGUGCCUCGAUCAACCGGAUUUAUGGAUUUUAUGACGAAUGCAAGAGACGCUACAAUGUUAAACUCUGGAAAACCUUCACGGACUGUUUCAACUGUUUGCCGGUUGCUGCCAUUGUUGAUGAGAAAAUAUUCUGCUGUCAUGGUGGCUUAUCUCCUGACCUCCAAACAAUGGAACAGAUUCGUCGAAUCUUCCGCCCAACCGAUGUCCCUGAUACC